AUGGAUCACUCUUUCCGCGCCUUUGUUGAACAGCUCAAAGCCGACAACGACUUGGUGGAGAUUAACGAUGAGAUCGACCCUCAUCUAGAGGCAGCUACUAUUACGAGGCUUGUGUGCGAGACCGACGACAAGGCUCCACUGUUCAACAAUCUAAAAAUCCAAAAUGACAAAGGACUCUUCAGAAUACUUGGUGCACCUGCAUCUCUUCGACGUUCAAAGAAAGACCGAUAUGGCCGUCUUGCUCGCCACCUCGCACUUCCUCCGACAGCAAGCAUGAAGGAAAUCUUGGACAAAAUGCUAUCUGCGAGUGAGCUACCAGCUAUCGCACCAGUUAUCGUUGCAGACGGACCCGUGAAGGAAAACUCCUUGACGAGAGACGAAAUCGACCUCACAAGUCUUCCGUCGCCGAUGGUUCACCAAGCCGAUGGAGGACGAUACAUCCAGACUUAUGGUAUGCAUGUCGUACAAAGCCCUGACGGAACAUGGACGAAUUGGUCCAUCGCUCGAGCUAUGGUACACGACCGAAACCAUUUGACCGGGCUUGUCGCUGCGCCGCAGCAUAUCUGGCAGAUCCAUAACAUGUGGAAGAAAGAGGGCAAGGAUGUUCCGUAG